AUGUUCUUUUCCUCUCCUUUGUUGAAGGAUUCUGCCGUAGGUAGGGGGAGAUCGGUCUAUCCAAAAAUCACCGUGUUCAAGGAGAUUUUGCCACUUGCAUCGAAAAAUGUGAGCAACUCGAAAAUCGGACGGCCGGCAGCUUCUUCCUGUACCCAAGAGCUGCAGGCUCUUUUCGGGUGCUUGAAGAAGUGGGAGUUUGAUGACAAACCAUGUGAAAAACAGCAUGCUGCUUAUAUGGACUGCGUUCACGAAGCGGAACGUGUUGCCAAGGAAUACAAGGAGGCAGCAGCAAAGGGUACCCUCGGAGAAGGUGCACAAGGGAAAUCCCUUACAUCCGCGCAGUUCAACAAGUUGAUGACAAUGUUCCCUCAACCAGAUUUGGGCCAACGGCCAUACCGCCAGAUGAAACGAUUGCCUACACAGUCAUACGCCGAAGACAUUUUCCAUAGAAAACAUUGGAAAGUUAUUCAUAUUCGAAAGCGAUGUUUCUGUCAGUUUUCUGUUUAUGUUUUAUCGUUCUCGACUUUGUUCAAAGCGGUAGAGUCGAUUUCUUUUGUCUUUAAGGGUAUGGCUGCCCUGAAGAAGUUCUUCAUCAAGCAAAAGCUUGCUAAAAAGCAAAAACAGAACAGGCCAAUGCCGCAAUGGGCGCGAAUGAAGACAGGGAACACGAUGAAGUACAAUGCAAAGAGGCGCCACUGGAGACGUACCAAGCUGAAGCUGUAA